AUAAUAUUUAAGACACUUUUCAUAUUUUAAUUAUAAUGUUAACGUUAAUUUAUUUUCCUCUUUGGGGAUAGCCUAAAAUUAUUUUCCAAAUUCCCAACAAGUUGACAGUGCCACAUUGGGCAGUGUUGGGCAACGCUGACAGCUCUCAGCUGUGCCGGCAAAACAAACCACAUCUGCUCGAAGUUUCUUGAAUUUUCUACGGGCUUGGGUGAAAUUCGCAAGUUACCGAUGAGCCACCACGAUCAUGGAAGACAGGAAUGAAGAGAUUGAGCCAUGCCGGAGCAUCGGGCCACACGAACUGGACGUGGUGAAGAGCCAGGCGGUGAUCAAGUUAUCGCCCGUGCAGCUGCCCGCCCACUUCAAGCGGCUGGAGUGCAACACGAACCUGAAUCUUCCGCCCCUGAACUGGCUGACCACCUCGCACAGCAGCCAUGGAUUGCACCAGGCCCUGUACCAGAGUGCCGGAUUCGCCAGCUUCCGACUGGGCCAGAUGUUUCCCGACUGCGUGGGCGAGGUGGAUGUGGUCAGUGAUGCGGAGAACAUCAAGCAGCUGCUCAAGCUGCCCUACAGCGCCCAGAGCGCCAUCAGCAUGGUGGUGCACAAGGUGGGCAACACGCUGCUCCUGGACGAGUUCGACAUCCAGAAGUAUCUGCUGCGAAAGGCCGACGACGACUGGAAGUGGCUGAGAUCCUUCAUCCUGGAGCACAUCUUGACCUACGGCGACACACAGCACAACUACUGCCUGAAGGAGCGAUCCCGCGAGGCCCUGCAAACCAAGAAUCUUCUGUCGAAGUUCCUGUAUCACAGUCUCAAACAGACUGGCGAAGAGUUGGACGAUGAAGCGCCCACUACGCCCAGUCCGUUGACCAGCAGCCGACAGGGCCUACCCAUCACCGGUCCAGUUCUUCCAGAGCCCAAGAUAGAGGAGAACGUACCGGACCCCAAGUCCAGCCAUGCCUUCAACAGGAAUGUGGUAUGGACGUUUGAGGACAUACGCAUGCUCAUAGGCACAGAUAUGCCCAUCUUUGGAGGACCCAACAGGCCGUGCAUCAGCCUGCGUUUGAGGGAUGCGGCCCAGCCCAUAAACGUGCUAACUGGCAUCGAUUACUGGUUGGACAACCUCAUGUGCAAUGUUCCCGAGGUGGUGAUGUGCUAUCAUCUGGACGGCAUUGUGCAGAAGUACGAGAUCAUCAAGACUGAGGACCUGCCCUACCUGGAGAACUCACAGUUUUCGCCUCAGGUGGUUCGCAACGUGGCCCAGAACAUUUUGGCCUUUCUUAAGGCCAAUGCCACGAAGGCGGGUCAUACCUACUGGCUAUUCAAGGGCCGUAACGAUGACGUGGUCAAGCUGUAUGAUCUAACCACUUUGUGCCAGAGUCAGGAAGCUAAGAAGUCUGAGGGUGAACCCCAGCAGCAGGUUAAUCCCUUUACCGUCCCGGUGGGAAUGCUGCUCUACUCGGUGGCUCGAAACAUGAAGAACACACUGCCGCACAUCAGUCCCAAGGCAGCGGGCAACAUUCGAGCUCUGCUGGACAACUGCAUUAAGCUACUGCCCAAGGAGCAGUAUCCCCAGAUCGUGAGUUCCUCACACUACAUACUCUCGGAUCUGCAUGUCCCCGCUGGCAUUGAUCCAAAGGCACCCAAGUUCGAGGAAGUGGACUCUGAUGAUCAGUCGCUGUAUGACGAUGAUGAAGAGGAGGACGAGGAGGACUAUGAAGAUGAACUCCUGGACUACCCAAGCGAGAAGAGCUACCAAAGCAGCGAGCAGGGCGGCGGCAGGGCCAAUGUUGCUGUGCGCCACAUUUGUGACGCUCUCAGAGACUUUAAAUCUCAUGCCAAGAAGGCCAAGCCGGCUCCACUCUUAGCCACAACUGCUGAGCGGUGUAGCAUAUCUUUGGAGCACAUCAGUGCUGGUCUCUCCUGCCUGCAGUAUUUCAAUGGGAGUCAAGAGGAGAAGCUCAAGGAGUCGGAAACGAUUGCCAAGCAGGAGGAGAAACAACGCAUCCUGCAUGAGGAGCAGAAUCCCAACAUGGCCAAGCCCUUCAGUGCCAUCCCACUGCCCUAUGAGCAGCUUAAACUUAGCCAGCAGCCCGCGCAGGUGGUGAAGAAGCCGAACUCCAAGGCCAAAAGGAGCAAGUCCAAGGAACUCGCCACCACUGUCAAGUCAAAGUCCGCUAAUGCCAGCAAUCAGCAGAUGAGUGCAAAGUUCAACACUCAGAACUUUGGCUCCUGGAACGUGCACCUUAAGCUUUUGCUGCUUGAGAAGGCUUGCUUGACAUUUGCAACUCUAGCAGAGCACUAUUAUGAAUCCCGGCGAUAUGGAUCCACGCUACGCUCCAUCGAGCUGGCUUGUCGUUGUCAACAGGUACUCAACAAGUACAUGGCCAAUGUGGUUUCCCAGCACAGCUGUUUGCUGGGCCGGGCAGGUGACUGCUUCUUCCAGAUGUCAAAACACUGGGCAGCCAUUGAGGAGUAUGUGCAGCAGUAUGAAGAGCAGGAUGCGUCGAUGGGCGUUAUUGGCGACGAGUUGGCCCAGGAACUGGAGGGAGAGGAGGAGGAACUGCCCUCCUUGGCACCGGUCAACAAUUUGGAGCAGGUAAUGCUGCACAGCUGCAAGUGCUACGAAAAGGCAUUGGAACAUGCCCAGAAAACGGAGAGCAAUGAACUGCUUCGCCGGCUGGGAAAUGUGCGAAACGAGCUGGGACUGAAGUAUAUGUACUGGGCUCAGGAGGAAUACAGCGAGUUGAUGAAGAAGAAGGAGUCCAGCAAAGCUGCUGGAGAUGAUCAACCGGAGGACAACAAAAAAGAGGAUCCUGCCGAGCCGCUUUACGUCAAACUCACAGUCAAUUCUUAUGAUUGCCUGCGCCGGGGCAUAGAAGCCUUCACUGCCGUAGAAGAUAAUGUCAACCUGGCCUUUUUAUAUUGCAAUAUGGGUCGGUUUAUGCGACUGCGCGCCCAUCUUACCAUGCCCAAUGAAAGCGCCAUUACCUUAGACAGCCAAAAGGCUUUUUAUAGCGAAGCUUUCAAUUAUUACGAGAAGGCCAAAGACUGCUUGGACACUCGUAAAGCCAAUGCUGAACUGUGGGACCUCGUCCACUGGGAAUUAUCCACUGCCACCUUUACGUUAGCCAAACAACUUCAGGACUACAGUGCCGCUGACACAUCAAGCCUGGUUGACGCCUCCAAGGAAGUGCUGGAAUUGCUUCAGAAAUCCCUGCGUCUUUGUGACGUGGAGCACGCUGGCGCCCGCCAAGUACUCUACAGUUUUCGAUCGGGGCUGAUACACAAGAGGAUUGCCUCCUUCCAUUACUCGCAGCUGCGUUCUCACGGCUCCUGUGACUUUUCUCAGCUGCCCAAGUCUUCUCUACAACUUUGCAAGUAUCACUACGAGAAGGCCACACAAAUACUGGAAGGUCUCAAGGAAGUGGGUGACCUGCUGACAGUGCAGCUGGAAAGGAUUUCCCUGCACGAAUUUCUGGCUGAACUUUCCACCCACACCGCUCAGAAGAUCAAGCAAAUGCAAGCGGCGUUGGACAUUUGCUUACAGUGUCAACUCAUAUUUGCCCACGUCAUCGAUACUAACAGUGGCCAAGUGGCCGAUGACGAGUUCGCCGGCCAUUUGACGCUCUUUGAGAGCCGCUUGCAGAACGCUCUGAAGACGCUGACGAAGCUCACGCUGACCGGCAAGGAUCCCAAGCAGUUGUCAAAGCUGUACAAGCGCAUGUAUAUGGAAACCUUGACUGGGAAACAUGGUCUAGGGGCCCAGCAAUCGCCGACAGCUUGCUUAAAGCAUUUGCACGUGCUGCUCGCCCGGCUGCGGGCCAUGUGCGACACCCAGCUGGCUCGCGACUAGACGUACGUGUCUUCUGACGGGUUCAACCCCAGAGCCCACAACCCACAACCGUUCGAAUUGCAUG